AUGGAGAUCGAGAAGCUCAUCAAAAACGGGAAGUUAGCCAGAUUCAUGGUAGGACAAAGACAGCAGGCGUUUCAAUGCACAAAUGAAAAUCCUCGGAUCGAGGAGAGUGCCCCGGAGAAACAAGACGGGAGUCAGAGACAGGAGUCACCGGACUACUUACGGGAGUUGAUAAGGAAAACACGAACCUUAACAGACAAACCAUUUGGUGUUGGUGUUGUUCUUACAUUUCCACAUAAGGAAAACAUAAAGGCUAUUCUGGAUGAGAAGGUAGCUGUCUUGCAAAUAUCAUGGGGUGAAUGUUCCCAGGAGCUUCUACUUGAGGCUCGUCGUGCUGGGGUCAAGGUUGUACCCCAAGUUGGAAGUUUCGAAGAAGCAAAAAGGGCAGUUGAUGCGGGUGUAGAUGCAAUUAUUGUCCAAGGACUUGAAGCAGGAGGGCAUGUAAUUGGUCAGGAGGGUUUGAUAGCAUUAUUGCCAAGGGUGGUUAAUCUUGUUGGGGAUCAAGACAUUCCCGUUAUCGCUGCCGGGGGUAUUGUGGACGAACGUGGUUAUGUUGCUGCGCUCGCCCUCGGUGCUCAAGGCGUCUACCUCGGCACAAGGUUUGUUGCAACUAGUGAAAGCUAUGCUCACCCUACAUACAAGAGGAAGUUGAUUGAAGCCGACCAAACUGAAUAUACCAACGUUUUUGGUCGGGCAAGGUGGCCCGGGGACCUCAACGUGUCCUGCAAACACCUUUCUUCAAUCAAUGGAAAUUCCUUCCUCUUCAUGAGAAUGAAGCCAACCAGCCUGUUAUAGGUCGUUCAACAAUA